AAAAUAGGUGACAGGUUUAGACAGAGGAUCUGGGAUCGGCAAAAGCUUGGAGGGCCGAAGGGCCUGUUCUUGUGCUGUAAUUUUCUUUGUUCUUUUUUUGUAUGACUACACUGGAGAGGUUACAGAGGAGAUUCACCAGGAUAUUGCCUGCAAUGAAAAGUAUCAGUUCUGAAGGACAGGUUGAGUUUGUUUUAUUUAGGGUACAGGAGGCUGAGUUUGUUUUAUUUAGGGUACAGGAGGCUGAUGGAGUUGCACAGAUUUAAGAGAGUUGUUAGAAGACAUAAACGAUCCCUGGAGGAGGGUCAUUUUGACAGCAGCAACAGGUUGUGUUUGAUAGUUUGGCGGGCGCGGCGCCAAAGGAGGGAAUUGAACAGACAAAGCUGAAGGACAGCCCGAGCGUUGCACAGGCACAACGGGCUGAAUGGCCUCCUACGGUUUCAAUGGUGAUUGAAUGGUUUAGUUGGCUGUAAGUGCCGAAGAUUUAUUCAUCAAUUCAAACCUGUUGUAUCUGUCUGCUGCCUGGAGCUGAGACUCCGCGGAAGCAGCUGCGGCCUAACCGUGACUGAAGCCUGGGCCUGGAGUUUUACCGAUCGUGGGCGCAAUGCCUCAGCCCAGGCCUGAGGCGGGAGCCGAACGGUUUGUUCUCGUCGCCAGUUUAGAAAAUGUGCGGAAUCUGUCAAAUCUGCUUAAAGCCGUUAAUUUCCGAGACCAGGCGACGGUGUUCGCCUCCGCUAACGGCAUCAGGGUGACAGCUGAGGCCGCCAAGAGCGUCCAGGGGAACGCGUUCAUCCAGGCAUGUAUAUUUCAAGAAUUUCGAAUUGAGGAGGACUCUGUGAUGUUUGUAAUAAAUCUAACAGUUCUCCUUGACUGUCUCACAAUAUUUAGUGCAAGUUCCCUGCCAGGAGUGACAACAGCCCUGAGGAUGUGUUAUCGUGGAUACGGAUAUCCAUUGACACUGUUUCUGGAGGAGAGUGGUGUGGUAACUGUCUGUAAGAUUCAGACUCAGGAACCAGAGGAAACACUUGACUUUGACUUCUGUAGCACAAAUGUUGUGAAUAAAAUAAUUCUGCAAUCAGAGAGCCUUCGGGAGGCUUUUGCCGAGCUUGAUAUGAGCAGUGAGGUGCUACAGAUCACAAUGUCUCCAGAAAAUCCCAAUUUCAGGUUAUCUACUUUUGGGAAUGCAGGAAGCACACACUGUGAUUAUCCGAAAGACUCUGAUAUGAUUGAGGCAUUCCAUUGCAACCAGACUCAAUGUAAUAGGUAUAAAAUCUCAUUAUUGAAGCCAUCUAUUAAGGCCUUGGCUCUGUCCUGUAAAGUUUCGCUCCGUACAGAUAACCGUGGAUUUCUGUCCUUACAGUAUAUGAUCCGGAAUGAAGAUGGACAGAUCUGUUUCGUAGAAUAUUACUGUUGUCCUGAUGAAGAAGUUGGGGAGUUUGAGUCAUGAUGUUCAGCUGUUUAUCUCUUUGUUUGUCAAAGAAUAUGGGAACAGGAGUAGGCAAUUCAGCCCCUGAAGUCUGCUUCACCUUUCAAUAAGAUCGUGUGACCUUUGGUCUGAGCUGUGGCCUAACUCCAUAUGUAUGCUUUGGGCCCAUAUCCCUUGAUGCCUUCACUUAAUAAAAAAUUCUUAAUUUUAGAUUUCAAUGUAACAAUUGAAUUAAUGCUGGCUGUUUGAGCAAGAGAGUUCCAAACUUCCACUAUUCUUUGCAUGUAUAAGUGCUUUCUAACAUCUCUCCUGAAUGGCCUGGUUGUAAUAUUUACAGUAUGCCCCAUGGUUCGAGAGUGUUCAACCAGUGGAAAUACUUUAACUAUCCUGCCUUAACCUGUUACUGUCCUGAAAGCAUUGAUUAUAACACCCCUUAACCUUAUAAAUUCUACAGAAAACAGGCCUAAUUUGCCUAAUCUCUCCUCCAUAAUUUAACCCCUAAAUUCAGGGAUCAAAAUUAUAAACCUGUGUUGAACUCCUUUUCAGGGCCGAAAUAUUGUUCCUAAGGUGUGAUAUUGAGAUCUGCAUUACAACCGCAAGACUAAGUACCAUUCCUCUUUCCAGAAGCUGCAGAGGCUAAACUCUGAAGCAUUGCCCAGCCUGAAUUUGACUGUGACAUCUCCUGAUUUUGCUCCUUAUCCCUAGGGUGAUGUCAGUUUAUGCUGAAGUUUUGGUAAAUGUGUCAAUUGUGUUUGAGGUGUAAAUAUGGGACUGUGAAGUAUUUGCAGUAGUUUUGUCGGCUGGUAGAGCUAUUUUGUGUUGAGACCUUGUGUUGAUUUUUCUGAAGUGGAAUUCUGAAAUCAUCACUCAGAUCUUUGAAGGCACACAGAAAUAGCUUUGAUACUUACUUGCCUUUCGGUGAUUGGUGAUGGCUGGGUAGAAAUGGGUGAGAUUGCUGAAGAAGGUAUAUGACCCAAUAACAAGACAAUGAUGAGAGAGGGAGAACAAUAUAUGUUAUCAUUGAAUGAAAUUUUUUUUAGACAAGCGGUCUUGCAGCUUUUUAAUUGAUAAUUUGCUAAUUUGUGCUCUUGCGUCAGUGUGAUUUGAUGUUGUCCUUUGUUCUAACAAUGUAAAGUUUGUAAAAGCGUUUUGCUUUGUAGCUGAUUUUAAGAUUUGAAGAAACUAAUUUAAUUCAUAUCUUGAAUUGCUGUUGGGAGGCCUGUAGUGCAGCCCCAGCAUUGUUACUGCACCCUUCCUAUUUCCACCCUAGUCCAUCCUUUCCAUUUGGAUCAUACAGCACAAUUUGACCCAUUGUGCCAAUACUAGUUCUUUGAAACAACUAUUUAGGUAAUUCCAUUCCCUCACUCUUUCCCCAAUUCCUCCCUGAAAUUUGCUUUUGAGUCUGCUUCCAUUACCCUAUGUGAAAAUGCUUCUUUUUGGCAUAGAUUUUUUUUGUAUCAUGUCAACACUGGUUUAAUUGUUUUUAAGAUAUACAUAUGAUUUUGUCCAUUAAAAUUCUAUACAAGAAUCAAAAGUUUUCACUAAGCACAACUUUAAAUACUUAGGUCUGUUUCUGAAACUUAUUUUGCUGAA